ACUCAUGCCAAGUAAAUGUCAUGUAUCAACGUACAUCUAAAGAGAAUUUCUCAAGAAAAAUAAUCUGGUUCACCAACAUUUUGGCGCUAGUUAGACCAAAGCCAACAUUGUAUUAGCCCCAGCAACCAAACUAACCAAAUCUAUUUUUAGGAAAUUAUGAGAAUAUUUAAAAUUUUCACAUGAAAUCUUUCUUUUUAAGGAGGAGAGAGAGAGAGGAAGAAUUAAAAGGGAUCCUGAAUGCAAUUUUACUAUGGUAGCAAAGGAUAUAGGAGAGAGGAAUAAGAAGGAGAUAGCAAAUUGGCAUUUUUGGUGUAUAGUUUCCUUCCAUACUAUUUGAGAUAAAAGAGUAUUGCAUACUUCCCUUAAUUUCUUUUGCGUUUAAGCAAAAAUAAACAAUUAUCUUCUAUUACAUUUCCUUUGCGAAACCAUCCAUGUGACGGAAGAGUUGAUGGUGUCGUAUAAGUAAGUCGUCACCUUUCUCCAAUGUCAUCACUUCAAUGGAGGUUAUGAGGGCAUAAAUGAGUUCCAAAGACCUGGUGCAGUUACAAUAUGAGUCAAACUUACGGUUUCCCGAAUUUUGAGGUGCAUUCUCUCUCGUGAGCCUGGUCCCAGGUAAAGUCCAGGCUCCAGAAGUUCUCAUCAUCCCCAUGCAAGGACCAUCAAUGCAUCCAGAGCUCCAACCACAUGCCCCAUGCUAAAGACCCAUCUUGUGCCAAAUUUCUCUAUAUUUUAUCUCUGUAAGUUUUUCUGUCUUUGAAAAAAUAAUAAUAACCCUUUUUGAAAGGCUGGGCUCCAAAGCUAGUGCCUACACCCACCUCCACCCAUCAUUCCACCCAGCUACAAGCGUGCCAUUUGUUUAUCUUACCUACCCCACUCUUUUCCUCUUCUAAAACCCCACCCUUCCCCUUCCACUCCCCUGCUUCAAAGCCAUUCUCUUAGCACUAGCCAUUGCCUUGAGUCUCUCUUGCAUUCCACUAGUUCUUUCUUGUUAACAACAAUGGUUUGGGCUGGCAAGCGUGCAUGGGUCCUUGCCGUUUGGCUCAGCCUGGCCAUGGUGCAUGGGGAUGGGGCUCAGGUGGGUGCACCCUCACCCUCCAUGGACUGCACCUCUGCCCUUCUCAACCUGGCUGACUGCCUGUCCUUUGUGGAGGAAGGGAGCAAGGUGACCAAGCCCCAGGGGCAGUGCUGCUCUGGCCUCAAGAAGGUGGUCAAGGAGGAUGCGGCCUGCCUCUGUGAGGCCUUCAAGGGGAGUUCAGACUUUGGGGUCAGCCUCAACAUGACCAAGGCCCUGACCCUCCCCUCUGCCUGUGGGGUCUCCACCCCUCCAUUCAGCAAGUGCAAGAUUGCAGUUGCUGGUGUGCCUGGUGCAGCCCCUGCCCCAUCUCCAACCCCCGGAGGACUUUCAGUGUCCGGAAGUGUUUCAACAGUCCCAGCUCCAUCACCAGCGCUGUCAGGUGCCCGAGCGUUGCCGGUUCCAUCGUUCAUUCUUGUUGCUGCAGCAGCGGUUGCUCCCUUGUUUUACUACAUUUAACUCCAUCUCUUGCAUCCAUGGAUCUCUUUUGUAAUCCAUUUGAAACGGGUCUAUUUGCUGUUGGUGUUUAGAGUUGUAUCUCGGAGGGUUCCUCCUCGUUAUAUCGAGCCCCCAGUUUGAUAGUUUCUUUACAUACAUAUCAAUCAACUAUCGUUUAUUUUUAGAUUGUUUUAA